CAUGAAGCUCGAAUCUGACAUAUCUUUUGCUCUAUGGUAACAUUUUUUGUCACAGCUGGCUAACGACAGCGAAACAUCAUGACGGAUAGCGAUAAGAAACCGAUGUCACGUUUAUUGAAGCUCGCUAAUAAAUUUAAUUGCUUCUACCUGUCAGGCUUACAUGCAGGUGAAUGCAGAGCCUUUGUUGUUGAUGGACAACAAGUUGGUCUUGUACGUCCAGAUGUAAUGAAGGAAUUAUUAAAUUAUCCUCAGGUAUUUCAAGUAAAUCCUGAAUAUGUGCAACUAAAUCCUGCAUUUCGAGACUAUUCAGAAAGAAGUGCUCGUGUAGAUGAAGUUUUGAGGGAAUGGCGGGCAGGUGAAAAGUUUGUAACCCUACGAGGAUGGAGGGAAGAAUGUUAUGAAGUACGUGCACAAUUCAAUACACCACCAUUAUUUAAGAUGGAUCGAUCAGCUACAUGUCUAUUCGGAAUUCGCAAAUAUGGUGUAGACAUUAAUGGGUAUGUUAUGGAUCCUGUGAAAGGUUUAUCAAUAUGGUUACAAAAGCGUAGCCCAAAUAAGCAGACCUGGCCUGGAUACUGGGAUAAUAUGGUGAGCGGUGGAUUGAGUGUUGGAUAUGGCAUUAACGAAACUGCUAUAAAAGAAGCUGGAGAAGAAGCCAGCAUUCCCAAUAAUCUUAUCGCAAAACUGAAGAGUGCUGGUUGCGUAUCUCUAUUCUUUGAAAGUGAAAGGGGUCUGUUUCCCAACACAGAAUUUGUAUACGAUCUAGAACUACCACCAGAUUUUAUACCAAGCAACAAUGAUGGAGAGGUAGAGACUUUUGAAUUGCUUCCAGUCAAUGAAUGCUUAGAAAGGAUAUUGUCUUCACAUUUCAAAACGACAUCUGUGCCAGUUGCCCUUGACUUUUUAAUUAGACACGGAUACAUCACAGCAGAGAACGAGCCUAAUUUUAUACAAAUUGUGGAACUGCUUCAUGUACCUCUGCAGACCAUGUACAAUCAACCACAAAAAAAAUGUAAACUAGCCGCUAACGGCGAAGCAAUCGAAUCUUUAGACAGAAUUUAAGUUUAACUAGACUUUAAUUUAGAUCGUGUUAAAGUUUAUUAAAUUAAAUGAAGUUGACUUUC